AUGGCGAACAUGCAUUUCCCCUUCUCGAGCGCGCCCACGCGCACAAUCGAGGAAAUCCAGUUCGGCCUCUUCUCCCAAAAGGAGUCUGAGCGCCUCGCCGUCAUCGACAUCGAAUAUCCAGAGACGAUGGAUGAGGCGCGCCUCAGACCUCGAGAGAAAGGUCCCAACGACCCUCAUCUCGGCACUAUCGAUCGAAACUUCAAAUGCGCCACCUGCGAAGAAGAUCAAGUCGAGUGUCCAGGUCAUUUUGGUGUCAUCAAAUUGGCUGUGCCGGUCUACCAUCAUGGGUUUCUGAAGCAGGUUAAGAAGAUUCUCGAGACCGUGUGCCACAACUGCGGCAAGAUCAAGGCUGUAGAAGACGAGGCUUUCCGUAGUGCUCUGCGAAUACGCUCCCGCAAGGCUCGAUUCGACAAGAUCUGGGAGUUGAGCAAGUCCAAGCUCAUUUGCGAACCCGAUCCGCCUGAGGAAGAGAAUGCGGCCAAGCAAGGUCUACCUGUCAUUCGCCACGGUGGUUGCGGCAACGUGCAGCCACAGAUGCGCAAGGCCGGCAUCCAAUUGUUUGCUGCCUUUAAGCCCCGCAAGAGCGAAGAAGAUGACGAGAUUCCUGGUGGCGCUCAACCCGAGAAGAAGCGCUUCUCUGCUCAAGAUGCGCUCAACGUCUUCCGCAAUAUGCACGACGAGACCCUCGAAAUCCUUGGCCUUAAUGCCGACUACGCACGUCCCGAAUGGAUGAUCCUUUCAGCCCUGCCGGUUCCUCCUCCGCCCGUCCGACCUAGUAUCAGCGUUGAUGGCUCUGGCCAGGGACAGCGUGGUGAAGACGAUCUGACAUUCAAGCUUGGCGACAUUGUUCGAGCAAACCAGAACGUCCUUCGAACGGAACACGAUGCACCGCCGAAUCCAUUCGCAUUGAGAUGA